AUGCGCUGGGCGUCUGUGGGCUACAUCUUCCAGCGUCCGGUGGGGCUCUUCGUGAGCGCGUCAGCACUCUCGACAUCACCCGUUUUACCUCCUGUUCGACGCUUCAGCUCGGCUUUGGGUUUGUGCGUGAAGCAGUCGAGCUUGCACCCUUUCCGUGGGUCGACGCUGCCCAGCACUAGUCGUUUGUGGGUGCGUGGCUUCGCUGCUGGCACCAACGCCAGAGCCGCCACCAUGUCCGAGUUUGUGGCCGAGCACGCCAAGACCGGGCGCUCGGGCUGCAAGGAAUGCAAGCAGAAAAUUGACAAGGGUGCGCUGCGGAUUGGCAAAGUCACCACCAGUCCCUUUAGCGAUGACUCCGACAUGACCACCUGGUACCACGACGAGUGCUUCUUUCAAGCACAGCUUCGAUCGCGCAAGACGACGGCCAAGGUCGAGACGCUGAGCGAUAUCAAAAACUACGCCGAGCUGAGCGCCGAGGACAAACAGUCCCUCAAAACCAAGAUUGCCGCCUUUGUCGAGGCUUAUGCCAACAAGGGCACGGGUGGUGCGGGUGGUGCCAAGGCCAAGCGUCCAGCGGCCGCGACCACGGCCACGGCCAGUCAACCAGGCAAACAGGGGCCAGCCCUCUCAGCCACGGGUCCAUACCACAGCUCAGGGCGCGGGCGAGACAACAGCUUUGCAGCCUUUCAGGAGCUCUGCCGAGAUAUCGAGGCCCAUCCCGGCCACACGGACAAGGGCAACAUCAUUCGCACCUUCAUUACGAAAGGUACAUCGGGCCAGGGCUUUACUGGUGACCUCUACCUGGUCAUGCGCCAUCUACUGCCCCAACACCCCAAGCGCGUGUACAACAUGAAGGAGAAGCAGCUCGUCAAGAUUUUUAGCGCCCUCUUCCAUACCAGUGAGCAGGAUCUGACGGAGCAUCUGGAGCAGGGGGACGUGUCAGACACAAUGGCCAGCUUUUUUGCUACCAGCCAAGGCCUGCGCCCGGCAGCCCAGAGCACGCUCUCACUCGAGGACGUGGAGAACCUCUUGCGGCAACUCGAGAACCGGACCACUAUUGAUGAACAGACGCGCGUCUUUCGGCAGCACCUGCCUCGCAUGACCACGGAGGAUUUGCGCUAUGUCGUGCGCCACAUCAAGCACGAUUUGCGCAUCUUUGCCGGCUCCAAGAUUAUCCUCAGUGCCCUCAACCCGGGUGCCUACGAGGCAUGGAAGGCAUCCAACGACCUUUAUGCUCUUGUUCAGCGCUGCCUGAAACACGGUCCAAGCCUCAAGCGCGAUGUUAGCGUGCGGGCCAGCCUCAUGACCCCCGUCAAGCCCAUGCUGGCCGAAGCCUGUCGAUCCUACGAAAUGGCUGUCCAGAAGUGCCCCAAUGGAAUUCUGGCCGAGAUCAAGUACGAUGGCGAGCGCGUGCAAGUGCACAAGCAGGGCGACAACUUUCGCUUUUUCAGCCGCAGCCUUAAAGAGGUGCAGGAUCACAAGAUCUCCUUUUUCCGAGAAAGCAUCCGCCAAGCCUGUCCACACGGACAUACCAUGAUUCUGGAUGCGGAGGUGCUGAUGGUGGACACCACCACGUCCAAGCCCCUACCCUUCGGCACGCUGGGCGUGCAUAAGAAGACGCGCUUCACCAAUGCUCAACCCUGUCUGUUCAUCUUUGACAUCUUGCACUUUAAUGGGCGCAAUCUCAUGGACGAGACCAUGGAGGAGCGCCGUCGCCUGCUGACCUCCCACGUGGUUAGCGUGCACAACGAGAUUAUGUACUCGGAACAAACCGCCAUCCCGGACCUGCCCACGCUGCGCGCUCUCAUGACCAAGGUCAUGCGCGAGAACCUGGAGGGCCUUGUCCUCAAGGACCGCCACUCCGUCUACGAGCCCAGCAAGCGCCAUUGGCUCAAGAUGAAGAAAGACUACCUCGAGUCGGGGGCCAUGGCCGACACGGCCGACCUCGCCCUCCUCGGAGCUUGGUUUGGUACCGGCAGCAAGGGCGGUCUGCUCAGCGUCUACCUCAUGGGCUGUCGCGAUGACAACGGCGUCUGGCGCACCGUCACCAAGUGCGGCAACGGGUUUGACGAUGCCCAGGUGGACGCCUACCAUCGCAAGAUGUUGCCGCUCAUGCAAAAGGUGUCCCAGGACCGCAGCAAGGUGCCGGGUUGGCUGCGCAUCGAUGAGUCGCGCCUCGUGCCCGACUACAUCAUUCGCGACCCCAACCAAGCCCCGAUCCUGGAGAUUGCCGGGGCCGAAUUCAGCGAAAGCCGCGCGCACUCGGCCGAUGGCAUUUCCAUCCGCUUUCCUCGCAUUGCCCGCGUGCGCUCGGACAAGAACGCCGACACCGCCACCUCCCUCAGCGAGCUCAAGGUCCUCUUCAAGGCCUCCAAAGCCUCUUCGGAGCUCCUACCCAACCUCCCCACCUCGGGCAACAUUCCCACCUCGGAUCAGGUGUCGGCAGCUGUCGCCGCCGCGCCCCCCGCCUCGUCUGGCAGCGCUCGGCGCCCCGAGCCAGCCCCCAAGCGCACCAAGCGCACGCUUGCCACAAUGACGGCCACGGCCACCUCGCCCAAACCACGUUCGUGCCGCCGACGCGCCCCGGAUGAGGACGAGGACGAGGACGAGCCCAACGAUUACGACCUCAACGACGAUUUCAUCAACGAUGACCUCGAUGAGGAUGAGGACGAGGACGCGGCCGAUAACUUUGAGCUAGACUCAGAUGGCGAGGCCCCCCACGUGGGGGACGUGGGCCGGCGCCCACGCUCUACACGCGCCCGCCGCACUCCGGGUGGUCGCGUGCCCUGCUACUACGGUGCGGCCUGCUACCGCCGCCGGCCAGAGCACCGCGUCCAGUUUAGUCACCCCGGCGACCCAGACUACCCCAAUUAUCGCGACGAGGACGCGGAGGAGGACGAGGACGAGGACGAGGACGGGGUUGCCCAGCCCCACAGCGAGGCUGAGAGUGAGGACGACGAUUUUGUUGCUGAGGAAGAUCAGGACACUGAACCCGAUGAACCUGCACCCCAUCUCACGGGCCCACCCGCGCACAAGCGGUCCAAGGGGCACACAGAUGAUCACAACAGCGGCACGCACUCCAGUCUGGAUUCAGGAACCGGGGGCAUGGCCGUGGAUGCACUCCCAGACGUCUUCUCUGGUUGCGUCUGCCUCGUCGACGGUUGCAGCGAUGCUGGCCGGGCGCGACGAGCCAUCAUUGCCUUUGAUGGCGAGGUGGUCACGUUGGCCGACGACGAGCUGUCACACAUUGUCGUGGGCUCGCGCAAGUCUCAUGAGUGGCCCCCUGCAGUGCAGCAUGCCGUUAAAUCGCACCCAGAUGCCAUUGUAGUGCACGAGUCUUGGCUUUGGGACUCGAGCAAGGCGGGGAAGCGCUUGAGUGAACUCAAGUACAGCGUGUGA